GAUUCGACCCAUUAGGCAUUAGCACUUACCAGGAACCCGACCUAAAGAUUGACGAACACCCACUGCUCUCUGCUACCUCUUUCUUGUCCUCGCAUUGAUCUCACUUCUCACACGACAACAACCCAUUCUUCUUUCUUCCCCCAAAUCAAUCCCUUCACAUUUCUUUCUUUAUUUUAUUCUUGGUUUUUGUUCUCCCAAGGCUGAAUCCUCUCUCUCUCUCUCUCCAACAAUCAUCUAUACCCACUUAGGUAUCCCAGCCCCUUACGACACCGUUUACUUCUUCCUUCCACCUAUUCCUUCUUCACUCUGAAAACCUCAGCUGUUUUCCUAUCCUAUCUUUUUCUUCUUUUUCUUCUCUGUUUUAUUCGAAUUACACCGAUUUUCUGAGUCCUGAUUCUGAUCGUUGCCGAGGAGGACUAUUUCUAACACCAAUCAGCGUUUUGUUGGUCCAUGCUACUUCUGAGCUAGAAACUUUGAGGUGGCGUAGUAUGGUUAACUCUCUCUACCUUACAAGGAGGAGCAAACAUAACGCUUCUAUUCUUUGAUAAGGGAGAGGUUAAUCUUCCACUAUGUCUUCACUUCAACUGUUGCAACUAACUAAGCAUGGCCAGAAUUUUCUGGCUUCAAGGAGGAAAACGUUACUGUUUGCAACUGGUAUCUUCGUUGCUGGUGGAACAGCUGCAUAUAUGCAAUCAAGGUCAAGGUUUAAUAGACGUGAUUUAGGUCAUUGUAACGGGCACAAUGAUGAUAACCAAGUCACAACAGAGGAGGUUGUGAAGGGUUCUACAGCAUCAAAAAAUAAACAAAAGAAAGGGGGGUUGAAGUCUCUUCAAGUCCUUGCUGCAAUUCUUCUAUCUGAGAUGGGCAAAUUAGGUGCAAGGGACCUUUUAGCUUUAGUUGGCAUAGUGGUGUUUCGAACUGCUUUGAGCAACAGGCUAGCAAAAGUGCAAGGCUUCCUAUUUCGUGCUGCAUUUCUUCGACGAGUGCCAUUGUUUUUUCAGCUUAUUUCAGAAAAUAUUCUUUUGUGCUUCCUCUUAUCAACCAUGCACUCUACAUCAAAGUACAUAACAGGGACUUUGAGCCUGCAUUUCAGAAAAAUAUUGACGAAGCUAAUCCAUUCCCACUAUUUUGAGAACAUGGUGUAUUACAAAAUAUCACAUGUAGAUGGUCGGAUAAAUAACCCAGAGCAAAGAAUUGCCAGUGAUGUGCCAAGGUUCUGUUCAGAAUUGAGUGAAAUUGUACAGGAUGAUCUAACGGCAGUUGCUGAUGGACUUCUAUACACAUGGAGGCUGUGUUCAUAUGCUAGCCCAAAAUAUGUCUUCUGGAUAUUGGCCUAUGUACUUGGAGCUGGUGCUGCAAUCAGAAACUUCUCCCCUUCAUUUGGGAAACUUAUGUCUAAAGAGCAGCAAUUGGAGGGAGAAUAUCGACAGCUUCACUCACGAUUAAGGACUCACUCAGAAAGUAUAGCAUUUUAUGGGGGAGAGAAGAGGGAAGAAUCUCAUAUUCAACAGAAGUUUAAGAACUUGGUUAGACACAUGAAUGUUGUGUUACAUGACCAUUGGUGGUUUGGCAUGAUCCAGGACUUUUUGUUGAAGUACCUUGGUGCUACUGUUGCCGUUAUAUUGAUCAUAGAACCUUUCUUUUCUGGUCAUCUAAGGCCUGACAGUUCAACUCUAGGGCGUGCAGAGAUGUUAAGCAAUCUAAGAUAUCAUACAAGUGUCAUAAUUUCUCUGUUUCAGUCUCUAGGAACUCUUUCUAUCAGUGCAAGACGGCUUAAUCGUCUCAGUGGGUAUGCUGAUCGCAUUUAUGAGUUGAUGGCUGUAUCAAGGGACCUAAGCAUGGUUGAUGAGAAAUCUUCACUGCAAAGGAAAGGAAGCAAAAAUUUCUUAAGUGAAGCUAACUAUAUUGAAUUUUCUGGUGUCAAGGUUGUCACCCCCACUGGUAAUGUCUUGGUGGACGAUCUGACCCUUAGGGUUGAGUCAGGAUCUAAUCUUUUGAUUACAGGUCCAAAUGGCAGUGGAAAGAGCUCGCUUUUCCGUGUUCUAGGCGGUCUUUGGCCGUUGAUAUCUGGACAUAUUGUAAAACCAGGCAUUGGUGCUGAUCUCAACAAGGAGAUAUUCUAUGUGCCACAAAGGCCGUACACUGCUGUGGGAACACUUCGUGAUCAAUUAAUUUAUCCUCUCACUGCAGAUCAAGAGGUUGAACCACUCACAGAAAGUGGUAUGGUGGAGCUAUUGAAAAAUGUUGACCUUGAAUACCUGUUGGACCGUUACCCACCUGAAAAAGAGGUAAACUGGGGCGACGAACUUUCAUUGGGUGAACAGCAGAGAUUGGGCAUGGCUAGACUUUUCUACCAUAAGCCAAAAUUUGCAAUUCUUGAUGAGUGCACUAGUGCUGUCACUACUGAUAUGGAAGAACGGUUUUGUGCUAAAGUACGGGCAAUGGGAACAUCAUGCAUUACCAUAUCACAUCGUCCGGCUUUAGUUGCAUUCCACGAUGUGGUUUUGUCAUUGGAUGGUGAGGGAGGGUGGAGUGUUCAUUACAAAAGGGAGGACUCUUCGACUGAAGUGGGGGUCAAUACAAUGAAGGCAUCUGAGACAAAACGACGGAGUGAUGCAAAAGCAGUUCAACGUGCAUUUUCCAUGAGCAAGAAGGAUUAUGCAUUCUCAAAUUCAAAGGCUCAGUCAUAUAUUGCAAAAGUGAUAGCAUCAUCUCCGUCUAAAAAUAAUGCUGUUUCACCCUCUGCUGUGCCCCAACUUCGUGGUAAUACAAGGGUAUUACCAUUGAGGAUAGCUGCAAUGUGCAAAGUAUUGGUACCCACCGUGUUUGAUAAACAAGGUGCACAACUGCUUGCUGUAGCUUUUCUUGUUAUUUCAAGAACAUGGGUUUCAGACCGUAUUGCAUCGUUGAAUGGUACCACUGUGAAGUUUGUUUUGGAGCAGGAUAAAGCUGCCUUUAUUCGGUUGAUUGGUUUAAGUGUUCUACAAAGUGCUGCAUCAUCUUUCAUUGCACCUUCUAUAAGACACUUGACAGCUAGGCUAGCUCUUGGGUGGCGGAUUCGUUUGACACAGCAUCUACUCAAGAACUACUUGAGAAACAAUGCAUUCUACAAGGUCUUCCACAUGGCAAGCAAAAACAUUGACGCAGAUCAGAGGAUAACUCAUGACUUGGAGAAGUUAACAACAGACUUGUCUGGACUGGUCACUGGAUUGGUAAAACCAUCUGUGGAUAUCUUGUGGUUCACAUGGAGAAUGAAGCUGUUAACUGGUCAGAGGGGAGUUGCAAUACUCUAUGCUUAUAUGUUACUUGGUCUAGGAUUUCUAAGAACUGUUACUCCUGAUUUUGGUGAUUUGAUAAGCCAAGAACAACAACUUGAAGGAACCUUCAGGUUCAUGCAUGAAAGACUCUGUACUCAUGCUGAAUCUGUUGCUUUCUUUGGAGGUGGUGCCCGAGAAAAGGCUGUGAGGUGGAUUAUGGGGAGUGCGAUCAGUCGUCUUGGGUUUGAAGAGAGCAGUUCAUCUUAUAUAUUUUUCUUUUUCUUGCACCUCAUACACAAGAAGUGGUUGUUUGGUAUACUGGAUGAUUUUAUCACCAAGCAACUCCCUCAUAAUGUCACUUGGUUGCUGAGCUUGUUGUAUGCCAUGGAACAUAAGGGAGACCGUGCAUCAAUAAAUACUCAGGGUGAGCUGGCACAUGCAUUGAGGUUCUUAGCAUCUGUUGUUUCUCAAAGCUUUUUAGCUUUCGGUGACAUCCUUGAACUGAAUAGAAAGUUUGUAGAGCUCUCUGGUGGUAUUAAUCGGAUUUUUGAGCUUGAAGAACUAUUGGAGGCAGCACAGUCUGGGAAUAUGAUUGAUGCUGAUACGUAUCCAGUUAGAGAUUCUCAUUCUAAAGAUGUUAUUUCCUUUUCAAAAGUUGAUAUUGUCACUCCUACUCAAAAGAUGUUGGCCAGAGAGUUGACAUGUGACAUUGCGCUUGGCAGAAGUCUGCUCGUUACUGGUCCAAAUGGUAGUGGGAAAAGUUCCAUUUUCAGAGUUCUUAGAGGACUUUGGCCAAUUGCAAGUGGAAGACUAUCUAGACCAUCUGAAGGUGAGGAUCAAGAGGCUGGAUCAGGUUGUGGCAUUUUCUAUGUUCCUCAGCGUCCCUAUACUUGCCUGGGAACCCUGCGUGAUCAAAUUAUAUAUCCCCUGUCCCGUGAGGAAGCAGAAGUUAAAGCAUUGAAGAUCUACGGAAAAGGUAAUAGUCAACUUGCCAGACAUGUGUUGGAUUCACACUUACAAGUUAUCCUAGAGAAUGUUCGGUUGAAUUAUCUUCUAGAGAGGGAGAAGAGUGGCUGGGAUGCAACUUUAAACUGGGAAGAUAUUCUCUCUCUCGGAGAACAACAGAGGCUAGGCAUGGCACGGUUGUUCUUCCAUAAGCCUAAAUUUGGCAUCCUUGACGAGUGCACCAAUGCCACUAGUGUUGAUGUUGAAGAACACUUGUAUGGGCUUGCAAAGGAGAUGGGAAUCACAUUUGUUACUUCUUCGCAACGUCCUGCAUUAAUACCCUUCCAUUCCUUGGAACUACGACUGAUUGAUGGCGAGGGCAACUGGGAGCUUCGUUUGAUCAAGCAAUGAUGUUACUUAUGGUAUUGUUGCUGUUCAUUACAUUGUUGUUAUGUGACAUGUUGCUGGGUCUUGAACUUGAACCUACUGUCCAAUUGCAAGUGGAAAUUAUAUUUCCCAACAACAGUCGUUCAUAUUUUCUCUGAUUUUGGGUUUACCACAUUGUCCAAGCUUUAUUUUUUUGCUCCAAAGACUUUGUGGUGCCAAAACAAACAAACCAAAGAACCGACCAAAAUGGUUUGAUGGUACGUUGGAGCACAACAAAACCAUGUCAAAAUGUUUGCAGCAUAUAGAAAUCAAUGUGUACAGGAUUUUCCCUCUAUUCUUAGGUAGGUGAUAUUUAUUUACAUUUUGUAGCUAUUAGAUGUAAUGAUUUAUAUUGUUAUAUUAAUAAACAGUUGGAACAGUUGUAAUCUUCAGAUUGUUUUUUUCUUCAUGGCCAUUAUUCCUGUGCCAGCUGAGAUGCUUCAGUCUAUCCCCAUUCUGUUAGCUUCAAUGUACCUGUAGCUAUGUUAUCUUGCUGUAAUAUGAAACUAGUUACUUUAAUUGUUGGUACCUUGAUUCAAAUUUAUAAAGUAAAAUUUUGAAGAA